CCUCCAAAAUAUGUGGGACGCAGCACGCGCUACUCGAUGACCAGCGUUGUGGCCUUUUCACGCCAGCUGUUGUUCGAAUCGGCGCCUUUGCGCGGCGUCGCCGCGCGGGGUGUUGGUGCUGAAGUACGGCGAGAUCUUGGCGCAUGGCCAAAAUAUCUGUUAGUCGACAAACAACUCGACUGCGACGAUUCAUCGUCGGCGCCGCUGUGAGGAAUACAAUGGCAAUCCGAGCCGCGCUGCUGCUGUUCUUCUGCGUCGCGUUGGUGCGGCUGGCGUCUACAGUGUACGUGACAAGAGCGCAAGACGAUGUUGGCUACUUCUGGCAUGUGUCUGACUUCCAUGUGGACAAGGACUACACGACGAGAGGAAGUCGUGACCAGGCAUGUCACCUUGUCGCGAACCGUACAAUCUUGGACAACAUUGGGGCCUAUGGCGACUUCCUGUGUGAUGCUCCGAAACUGCUGGCUCAGUCGGCUGUCGAGGCCAUGGAACAGAUACAUCCGGCGACAGACUUUGUUCUGUGGACAGGUGACAACCUGCCUCACGUGAGUGGUGUCACUUGGGCCGACAUGUACAACGAGACACGUUACAUUGGAGAACUUCUCUGGCACUGGGCACAGCGGCACAAGUCAUUCGUAGUGCCUACCUUAGGCAACCAUGACUGGGUUCCGGCAAACGCUAUGGAGGCCAAGAACACCACCCUCUACCGAGGUUUCCUUACCCGCGGUGGCUUCAACCAAUUGCUCCCAGAGGAUGCUUGGGCAACAUUUGAACAAGGUGGCUACUACAGCCAACAGCUGUCGAACAAAAUCCGUCUGGUGUGCCUCAACUCGGUUCUGUGGUACUCAUCCAAUAAGGGGGAGCGACCGGGACUCAGUGACCCUCAGAUGGCCUGGCUGCGAGACCAGCUGCACGAUGCUCAGCAACGGAAACAAAAGGUGUUCAUCUCGGGCCACGUUGGACCGGGCUACUACAGCCGUGCCCUUGUUGGUCAUUCUGCAUCCGUGGUUUUCUUUGAUGACAUUAACGAGAGGUACCAGGACAUGAUUGCACAGUACAAGGAUGUUGUGGCUGGGCAGUUCUUUGGCCACCAGCACAUGAAUGCUUUUGUCAUCAUUUCAGACAAAAAUGGCUCGCCGGUCAGCACGAUGCAUUUGGGUGGAUCAGUGACUCCGUGGGGCAGCAAGGACCCUGUCUACCGCACUCUCUCCGAGCCCACAAACCCCUGCGUGCGACUCUACACGUAUCGCCGGUCCACCGGGGAACUUCUCGACUACAGCGUCUACUACCUCGACCUUGACAAGGCCAAUGCAGCUGCUGCUUCUCAGCAACAGGCCAAGUGGGAGUUUCUGUACUCGGCAUGUAAAGAGUUUGGGCUGCAGGACCUGAGCACGGCAUCUAUGGUGGAGUUGGCACACCGAAUCACUAGCUCACCAGAACUGCUCACUCGGUACAUCAACCUUAGCUCGGCACUCAAGGACACUGGCCCGUGUGACGCCGCCUGCCGCCAGGCAAUGCUCUGCGCCAUCCUGGGAUCCCGCCACGAUUCUCACGCUGCCUGCAUUUCCCAAGGAAGCAAAGUUCACACUCUUGCCGUGCAGAUGGACGAACAUGGCAAGAGCACCACGACGGUUCGCGACGUGCUUGUCGGCUUGACGGUGUCCAUUGUGAUUGUGGUGGGCAUUGUGCUGGUGGUGCGUGCCAAAAGGGCACGCAUGAUGCAGGGACCCCGAUACGGACGCUUCAGGUGAUGCGUAUGCAAAGGUAGACUGUUGAGGUUUAUGUUUUGUUGUUAUCGUGCCUGUUGGAAGCCUUCAGUUUACCCUUAUUACUACUGACACCGUGGCGUGUGACCAACUUUGCCUGCGUCUUGGUCAUUUAAAACAUUUGUGUUGAAUUCGUUGUCACGUUUGUGCGGGACUUUUAUUGAAGGCCUUAUUUUUGGCACGUUGGCAAUAUAUGGCAAUAAGACAAGAUAUAAUGAUGCAUUAAUACAAUAAUAAUGCUUGUGUAUGUACUAGCUGUAGAGAACUGAGCCUUCUGGAACUGUGAUCAAGCAAAAAGUGAUAUAUGGGCUUGUUUUUGUCAGCUGGCUUGCCAAUAUUGUAGUGUAGUUUAAAGGCAAACAGACAUUUCAAUUUACGUUUAUUACGCCUGCAGUUUUUUUUGGGGACAAUUUACGAAGUGAUGUGUUGACUUCAUUAUAUAUUUUUCAAGCAUCGAGUAGUUUCUGCGACCUGGCUACUGAAAAAUAAUUUUUGAAAUUCCCAGCUACCACAACCAGCUUAUUUUGUGGACGGAAAAUUUUGGAGCUUAUUUUUUAUUGCAACAAUGAAAUAACUAGAAAGUUAUGAGUAAAAGGUUAAGGUAUAUAAAUAAGGUCAUUGCAAAGAAAAAUGCAAGCACUACAUGUACAGUCGAGCCCACAUAUAACGGUCCCACUUAAAACGAACAAUAUCCGCGUGACCGUGAAAAUAUACAUUGGUUCAAUUGUUUUAACGGCACAAAAUCGUACUUACAACGAACGUCUCCUAGCGCCGCUGAUCGGUUACAGCGAAUGAAGUCGGCGCUCUGCCGACUUCCAGAGAAACCACUUUCGAUCACCGAUCGGGCAACGGCGAGGUGCCCAUACAUUCUUAUUGUUAAACGCCGACCCUGCCUCCGCACCCCUCUAGUUGCUGCUUUCCCCCGACCGCUUUUCGUUACCCGCCCUUCCGUCCUUUGUUCCCCCGCUACUUUGAGCACCCCGCAUCGCCAGACGAGGCCUGUGUUUUCACACUGCCACUGAUCUUUCGAAGACCGGUCGGCCAUCUAACCUGUUUUUGAUCGCUAGGUACUGUCGUUGGCGUCGCCGGCAUGGAGUGACCAGACCAUUUGCCAACAUCGUCAGCCACCGACUGUAUUCGAUCGUCUGCGUCUAGUGCACACGCGUAUGCUACCCUACCGACUCUGAUAAUUGGUGAUUCGUUUCCUGUCUAGUACUUGUUCUCGCUCACUUCGUACUCGGCUCAACAUGCCCUCCUCCGCAUGCCUGUGGAAGCGCGAAAACGGCUGUUAAUUUGCGCGGAACGAAUCGCGACAUAUCAAAGUUAGUGAGGCCACGCAAAACCACUGGCGCAACAAAACGAUUUUUUGACCCCGGCCGCUGAUUCUUUUAACACCGCAGCGCGCACCGAUCCAUGAGGCCGUGCUUGACUUCUGCGCUGCGCAGGGACUCUUUCAAGUUUUUCUACGUGCGAGUUGCGCGUUUCGCGGAACUUUGAAGCAAGCUACCCAAACUGCUUCUUCCCGUGUGUUUUGGUUUUCUAGGUCGCUCUCCCGCCGCAUCCUCCCCUCCCUUUAUUCUAUUGCAACAUCUUGCCCUUCUUUCGCAAAUUUGCUCUCCUCUCUUGAUCACAACCCCUUCGCCCGUCUCCACCGCUCCUGCGACCCCAGCCACGCUGGCUCGAAUUAGUUUCGUUCUCUGACUGGAAAUGGGCCCAGAGCUGUUCCACGCGUUCUGGCAUGUGUGUCACGUGUGCGCGUCUUGCUUGCUCUUGGUGUGUGUGUGUGGUCAGGAUGGCAGACAGGAGGACUUGCACGCUUUUUCCUGCCACUCAACAAAACGUCAAAAGUGUGACCGCUUGUCUUGAACGUAAUUCGCGCGUUAGGUACCGCGUUGCAGAGAACUUGCUCAUAGCUGUUGACCACCUGGCAGCCAGCUUGCCGCUCCGGGGGUCCCGGUAUUCAGCUGUGGAGAUGGUUAAUAUUUCGUGGGCGGCAGUGGCGGCUACAGCACAAAACCGUCUCCGCAAGGCCGACUUCAUCGACGUUGGGCCCGAUGCCGAGCGUGAAGCUUCUGAACAGGAUCACUCCGGCAGCGAUUUGUAGCAGCGCGUUGUCGGCUCCAACCUGGAAAGCGGGUGGGACAUCUGUUGCGAUGGUUUAAUUACGGCCGAUGAUGAUGCAGACACUGCGGAACCGUGCACGAAUUAGGGCAUUGUGAAUGAGGUACGUGGCGAGAGCGAUUUGGAGAGAUCGGAUUGCGAGAACGACAAAACUUUGGAGCCAGUGCCUCAUGCAGCUUAUGCCACGGGCCUCGGCGAACGAGCACCCUGCUGUUCUAAAAAAACUCAAAACCAUCCUUGUCGCUUCUGCUCUUCAAAACACGUGCAUCACGGACUUUUUCGGACAAAAAAAGUUUGUGUUUUCACUCGCAACUUUUUUAAAAGCUGUGUUUCAUUUACUAGGAACUUCGGGAUACAGCGAACGGAUGAUGCUGUCACACUCAGGUUCGUUAUAAGUGGGCUCGACUGUACACACAGUAUCUUCUUAAUGCACAUUCAAAAGAUCCUUAGUAGAAAGCCUUUUUUUUUUUUGCAUAUGAGAUUUUUUAUAUUGAUUAUUACUUUGCCAUUAGGAAAAAAAAAAGCUGUUCAGUUAUUUUACAUGGAUUCUCCUUCGAUAUUUUUUUAAAAACUUUGUUAUACUUAUAAGUUGUGCCCUCUCUACAAUAAUUCUAAUGGAUUGGCAUUGUGUACAAAGUAAAUAAAUAAAUAAAGUUUACUUAGUACUAGGGGCUUCAAGACAUCAAGUAUUUCAGCAUUACUGAAAGUUUGUUUUCUUAUUAUGAAAUUGUAAUCCAAGAUAUUGCACAUAUUCAUGAGUUAUUCAUAAGAAUUCAGAUACUCCAUCAUCAUUGGCGCAUGUUCACUUGAAGGAUGCCUUCAAAAACCAUCUUGAAUACAGACCAAACGUUAUGAACUGUGGGCCCAUGUCAUUUGGCCAGCAGUCACUGUAUGCACGGUGCACUUGGGAGUGUAAUCAAGGGAUUAUGUAUGAUUUUACUGGACAACAGGAAGCUAUUCCCUCUAUUUGGCACUUGGAGGUGCAGGAACUGAAAGGCACUAGCUGACACACUUGCAACAAAGCGUGACAAGUUUGCGGCACCCUAAACGCACACUUUCCACAACUGCGGGAAAAGGCAGCAUUUCUGUGUAUAGCUGUAAUGCGAUUCACGUGGAGAAAAUGAAGCGAAAUGGAACACAAGCAGAAGGGAUGCCAAUCAUAAGUUAACACUAGUUCUGGGCUGAAUUCAUGGAAGAUUCUCGGGUGAAGAAAAAUAAAUAGGAAAUUACUAAAAAAGGGUAUUUGGCCUUUUUCGUUUGCAUCUUCCUACUUCUCAUCUUUCAUGCCAAAAUUUUCAGGAUUUGUCCUUUUUCCUUUUCAUCUCCCUACUUCUCAUUUUUCGUACCGAAAUUUUCAAGAUGAACAUAUUUGAAUGAAUGAAGCCAUCAGCGAAUUCUACUAAAUGUGGAUACAUACAAGCAUUUUUAGAAGUAGCAAAAAUAGAAAUGUGAAUUUUCUGAUGUUUUGAUAUCCUUCAGAGUAUGCUUCUGAGAGGAGUUGUGGACCUAGCAUGUAAAUUAUUCGUCGAAAAAGAUUGUAAAAUAUUUUGUGUACGGCAUUAUAGUGACGCUUUUAAAUGGGAAUACACAAUGCUGUAGCCCCGAAACACACAGAGGUAAUACUAGCAUUCCCUUUUUCCUGACCAUUUCAGCCCAGCAAUGGAAAAGCUUGCAUGAGAAUAGUGUUUGCACUUAACUUGUGUACUCGGAAAUUUUUUUAAGGCAGUCAGAAAGCUAUUCGUUGUGCGUGGUGACUGCAGGCAGAGGAUUACUUCAUUAUUGGUUGACUGUAUUGGUGUGUGUGUGCAAGGGCUACAACAAAGGCGAGCCAAGUCUGGUUUGGUACAAUGGUACAACAGCAUUUGUUGCAGUUGUACAGCCAUAUUACCAGCAGUGACUGUUGAUUGUCAUGUAUAGUUGUGUUUUGUUAGUAUAUUUCAUCAUAAACGUAAACAGUCAGCCUUGUCAAUGUGCCAGUGCCUUUUGAAAACAUGUGCUAGUAAUGCAACGCAUUGAUUGUCAAGGUAGCAAGGCUUGCAUACAUACCGGUAGACUCUGGGAGUAGUUAGCACAUGAACAUUGUUGCUUUGCCAUGCAAAAUUGAUCUAAGAUGUCUUGUAGGGAGAUGUAGUGCUGGAACAAUGGGCGAUUGAUAGCUAAGUGGCACGUGAAGAUACAGUGUCAUAUGUAUAUCAUAACACUUGCAUUUAAUGUCACUGUGUGAAACUGGGAUUGUUAGUUUCUGGUGUAUACAUAGUUGAAUGAACAGUGUAGACAGGACAAAAAGAGGUAGAAUUCCAUGCACGUGCGAACACAGUGCUUUAAGUUGGCUCAUUCAUGAAGGGUCUUGUCAUUUUGUGAGAACUGCAGCAUCCAAACGAAUUUCAGGAUCUUAGUUCUUUUGGCAGUGGCAUGGCAUGCGUGAGAGCUGAAUUUUCAGACAUUAAAUGUACAGGCUAUAAUUAUUGUUUUGUACCCAUGUGCAAGGCAAAAGAGUUCUAAUUUCUGUGCAUCGACAGCAGGUGUUUCUCACGUGCAUUACAGUUCAUCAGAGUGCAUUACAGUUUAGAACUUUUUAAACUAAGUCAACAGUAAAAACCUGUUUGAUUUCUGUGAGAAUGUUUAUGCUUUUCUGAUUUAUGUACACUGAUGCAAUAGUGGGUUGUUGUGCAUGUGUGCUAAGGUGGAGACUAUUCCUGCCAGUUGUUGAAGCUAGUCGUGGUUCUGCAGAACUGCAUUGUGGUUUGAAUAAGCCCUGUCUAGACUUACCCCAAAUGACUGUUUGUUUAGAUGUUAGUUGGUAAAAUACAGGAAGCAUUCAAUUAGUAACAGUAGUAGUUUAUAUAUUUGUACAUUUGUGAUGCUAUUUUGCACAGAGAACACUGUAAUUUAGUGUUUGUUAUAAACAUGUUUGUGAAUACGA